CGACGACUUUGACCAGAGACAACAAGGCGGCCUGAGGGACAGAGAGCAGGGGCCUUGUCAGGAUGGGAUCGCGUUACGAUGCACCUGCCAUGAGUAGAACAAACUCUACUUCAUCUAUCGAUUAUGACCCCAUGCUCGACGAUAUCAUCCGUGAAGAAAUGGAAGACCAAACACCAGGCUUCUUCGACUUGCUGGAUAGCAUCGGCAAUUUCGCUCCAAGCUUUGAAAACAUCAACAAGAAGAUUGGCGAUCGUAGCCGGCGACUACGCGCUGAACUGGCGACGCGCGCUAAAGGUGUUGAGCCGCUACAAGGAAAAGUCAACAAGGAGUUUGAUCGCGUCAAGGCGCGCUUCAACAGACAGCUCGACCGAGCGGCAUCGCGUUGGGAUUCCAAGAAUGCCGCCAAGGCGCGUGAAAAGGUUGCCUUUGUCUUUGGCGUUGGCAAUGUCUUCUUGACGGGGUUCCUACUAGGUGGUUACCCAGAGCUCGUGCAUGUUUUGUACACGAUCCAGGUGGUCACUUGGCUGCCAUGGCGGUACUACACGUACCACAAACGUGGCAUGCACUACUUCAUUGCAGAUCUCUGCUAUUGGGUCAAUCUACUCACUGUGCUCUAUCUGUGGGUCUUCCCAAAAUCUGAGCAUCUCCUGGCGGCUUGCUUCUACCUCUCAUUCGGCUCACUAGCAUGGGCCAUCAUUGCCUGGCGGAAUUCACUCGUGUUUCACUCAGUCGACAAGAUUACCAGCUUGUUCAUCCACAUCUUUCCGCCAGCAGUCAUGCAGAGCAUCAUUCACAUUGUACCACGAUCGUAUGCGCAUGAACGGUUUCCAGCAACACAACGUAUCAUGACAACACCUUACAGUGAAGCACUGCUGAGUUCUGCAGCAGCGUACAUUGUCUGGCAAACACUCUACUAUGUCUUUAUUCAAGUGCGACGACAAGAGAAGAUCAAAGCAGGUCGUCCAACAUCAUUCACUUGGCUCCUCAAAUCCUACUCCAAGUCUUGGAUUGGCAAGCAAGUCCUGAAAUUGCCUGAGCCGCUGCAACCUUUCGCUUUCAUGGGCAUUCAAUUUGCGUAUGCCAUUGUCACGAUGCUGCCGUGUCCCAUCUGGCUACACUAUCGCCUUGCGGCCGUCAUCUUUCUUUCGUCAGUCUUUUCAUGGAGUAUUUGGAAUGGCGCAAACUACUACGCUCGUAUUUCUGCGGCGCGUGAUAACUUCAAGGAGGAGAUUGAAUUGUUGCGGGCAGAGAUUGCGAAUAUGGAGCAAGGGUCGGUGAGUUCUCCGGGAACGCCUGCAGCACCCCCGGGCCCUCUCUUUGGGCCUCCUUCUGAGCUGUUCCUGAGCUCUUCUCUUGACUCUUUCCCUCAAAAUUUCAAAUUUCACCGACAACGAGACAAAGCACCGACUUGA